AUGCAAAUGGCCACCGACGGCAGAGAAGAAUCAAAAUAUGCUCUACUCAACUCCGAUUCUGAGGAGCGUUUCCAAAAUCCCUAUGCUCGCCAUCGAAGAUACUUUCGUCUAUCCGAGUGCGCCUUUGUGACCGCCAAUCUUGUCUUAUUCGUGGUAUCCCUGGUGACACUACUACGCGCCGGCUCCGUCACAGAAAGCCGGCCGAUGACCGCGAAUGCAAUCUUCAAAGACGUUAAUGCCUACUCACCGAUUCUCGCUCGGUUGGAGCUCCCGCUACACAACUAUACGGUAGAUGGCCACCUAUUUGACGUAACGCACAACCUUCUGCGGCAAGAGCCCAACCCCGAAUCCAACGCCGAAUGGGAUCGGAUCGCACAGCUCGGGCCGAUGGUGAUGAGCAGGGAAGAAGUGAUCAAGAUGAACAAGGAUCCAGAGAAGGUAGUUAAGCUUCCGGAGGAUUGGGGAUACGGCGACGACGCCUAUAUAUGGCAGACGGAAAUGCAGCACAACAUCCAUUGCCUGAACUUUGUCCGCCAAUAUGCGUACUUUGAUCACUUCUACGGCAAGAAAUACAAGCGGUUUGAAGACACCCCAAAGCUUGACCGGAUCCAUCUGUCCCAUUGCCUCUACGUCCUCGUGCAAGACCUCCGUUGCCAGCCUUCGUAUAAUGCACUGACAUUCAACUGGAUGGACGGGUGGCAUACCCCUGCGACGGACUUUACGCCCGAGCGUCAGUGCAUAUUCCACGAGCAGUGGCUGCAAUGGCAGAAUGAGAACAGAGUCAAUUACACCGACAAGCGACUUCCCAGACCAACUGACCCGAGACAUAUUUCCCAUGGGCCACCGGGAAUGGAGCAGCUCUGGGAGGAUGAACUCUGA